CUCAUAUUAACUGGAGGACUCAAACUAAUUGACUACGACCUAAAAGUUAGCAGCUGAAUGCUGGUUCAGGCUGUGCUCUGCGUAUUGGAUCAACAAGGGUUCUUUUCCUUCAUCAUCUCAUCACUUUCCUCUUCCCUGCCCCCGGAUUGUUUUUUCUUUUCUUCUUCUUUCCUCUGGAUCGCUUUUUGUCAUCUGCCUGAGUUUUGUGACUCUUUUACUUCUUCCUUGUAUCUGUAUUCCUAUCUAUCUGUGCCUUGACUCUUGCAGUCAUCUCUCAUCACUGCUCCGAUCCUCCUCCGUCCCUCUAGUAAGGCAUUCGGCAUUUCCCACUACACUUAACUUGACUCGACCCCUUUUAGGCUCAGAGCCGCACGACCGUUCCCGGAGCCACCAGUAAUAAAGUCCAGUUCUUAGUGUCCAGCCAGUCCAGUCCAGCCAGGAACUGGAAGUCGACCGGCCCCGAAAAAAAAACUCGGUUUUUUCCUUAACGCCCGUUUAGGGCAUCAACUCGGUCCAGUAAAGUAUCCGGCAUAAGCUUCUUACGGGGAUUCUUGGGGAUUCUUCCAUCCCGUCUACCUAAAAGUAUUAGUUUUCUAUCUGUCUGAACCAAACUUUGUUUGGCUCAAAUGAAGAACUUCUUUGGUAGCGGCAAGAAGCCAACGUCCUCCUCCACUCCUCCUCCUCCUCUUUCCUCUACUAGGAAGUCCGCCACUUUCGAGGAGCGCGACCGUGAGAACUACGACCCGGCCGAACAACCUCCCGCAUACUCGGAGCCUUCUUCUCCUGCGAGAGCAAAGUCGCCUUCAAAGUCUUCAAAGAGACUAUCUCGGCCCGCUUCUUACGCCGCCGAGUCCACAAAAUCUUCCUCGCGCUCUUCUAGACUGUCGAGGCAAUCUACAGACCCGGGCCACUCUCACUCCCAUUCUUCCUCUCGUCGGCACAAAUACGAGCCCGAUACCCAUCCGCUCAACCUCCCUCCCGAAGAACGAAAGCGAUUAUCCGCUCUCGCCGCUGCAAUGAACGGUAACUCCAUGGAUGUCGACAGCGAGCCUGUUAAUGGCGCUCGUUCAACUACUCCUCCCAACCCGAAAGCCCAGACCAACUUUUCCGUUCCUAUUCCCAACGGCUCCAGUCAUGAUGACGGCGCCCCUCCGCCACCUCCUCACAAAUCCAACCCUGGAAGCCCAACUAUUACGCCUGAGGAAGAUGCCGAAGCCUACAAGGCUGCUGGUAACCGGUUCUUCAAGGAGAAGAACUACUAUAAGGCUAUCGAGCAGUAUAGCAAAGCUGUCGACCUCUUCCCCUUCUCCUCUACUUAUCUAGGCAACCGAGCUGCUGCUUAUAUGUCUAAUGGCCAAUAUGAGCAUGCUCUCGAAGACUGCUCCAGAGCUGCCGAUUAUGAUCCUCAGAAUGCCAAGAUUCUUCUGCGCUUGGCCCGUAUCUAUACUGCUAUGGGCCGACCCGAGGAAGCCAUGACAACCUUCAACCGCAUUGAACCCCCACCAUCUGCUAAGGACAUGGCCCCUGCGAAGGAGAUGUUGCAUCAUAUUCAGUCAGCCCGUGAUAUUCUUGCACGUGGAUCUGGAUCUGGCAUGUCCAUGGUGCUUCAUGCUCUUGAUCUGGCGGAGCGCGGCCUGGGCCCUGGUGUCACCAAGCCCCGCAAGUGGCAGCUCAUGCGUGGAGAGGCUUAUCUAUCAAUGGGACGGGAAAACUCACUAGGAGAGGCGCAAAACAUUGCUAUGAACCUCCUCCGAAACAACAGCCAGGACCCAGAGGCUCUUGUUCUCCGAGGACGUGUUCUCUAUGGUCAGGGCGAGAACGACAAGGCUAUCCAGUUCUUCCGUAUGGCUAUUAACUGUGAUCCUGAUUUCCGUGAUGCCGUCAAGUGGCUCAGGAUUGUCCAAAGACUUGACCGCAUGAAGGAGGAGGGCAACACCGACUUCAAGGCAGGUCGUCUACAACAAGCCAUCGAGAAGUAUACCAAUGCUCUGGAAAUUGACCCUUCCAAUAAGAGUAUGAACUCGAAGCUGUUGCAGAACCGGGCACAAUGCAAGAUCAAGCUCAAGCAGUACGACGAUGCCAUCGCUGACUGUGAACGGGCCAUUAACCUUGACCCUGGUUACACAAAGGCCCGCAAGACCAAGGCCAAUGCUUUGGGUGGUGCCGAGAGAUGGGAGGACGCUGUUAAGGAGUGGAAGGCCAUCCAGGAGCUCGAUCCAGAGGACCGAACCAUCAUGCGUGAGAUCCGCAAAGCGGAGCUUGAGCUCAAGAAGGCCCAACGCAAGGACUACUAUAAGAUCGUUGGUGUUGAGAAAACCGCUACAGGUGACGAGAUCAAGAAGGCAUAUCGCAAGAUGGCCGUUAAGCUCCACCCCGACAAGAACCCGGGCGACCCUCACGCCGAGGAGAAGUUCAAGGACUUGCAGGAGGCUUACGAGUGCUUGAGCGACCCUCAGAAGCGUGCUGCUUACGAUAACGGCGAUGAUCUUAUGGACCCCAACGAUAUGUUCGGCGGUGGUGGCAUGGGAGGAGGCAUGGGUGGCAUCGACCCGGAGAUCCUCUUCAGCAUGAUGGGCCAGCAGGGCGGUUUCGGCGGCGGCGGUUUCCGAUCUGCUGGAGGCUUCCCCGGCGGUGGUGGCGGCGGCGCACACUUCAACUUUGGUGGUGCUGACCCCAGGCAGCGUGGAGGAUUCCCCGGCGGUUUCAACUUUUCAUGACCAGCCGGCGCGAAUGAUGACGAUGACGACCCAUGGGAUAGUGAGGAUGAAGAUGCGGACUUCUAUGACGAAGAAGACGAGGAUGAGGAUGGCGAAGAAGAGGAAAACGACGACUAUGCAACCACCAGCGAUGAGGACCUUCACCCACAGUCCCCCCGGAACGGUAAGCUUCGAGAUGAUAUCGAACAGCGCCGCCAAGAUGCCCAUGGCCGGCUGGUAGAUGCUGUACGACGAUACGGCAAGUUCUUCAUGGCGGCAGCUGUCUUGCUCCCUUGGCAAGUGGUGAUACUCAUUUUGACGCUGGUUGGUUCAGCAUAUAUAUGCAUGAAGCACAUUCCAUUCUUUGGCAGGAAAAAGCCGUUAUCGUUGUGAACGGCUUUCACAUAUAAUGGGCACUUUUCACUCAUCCUAUGCCACACAACAUACCAUUGGGGCGUUUAUUUUAGGGAUAGACAUCAAUGAAUGCAGAGCAAUGCUAGAGGUUAGCGAGUUGCUCGUCGUUAGGGUUUGAGGGCCUAGGAUGGACGCCGACCUUUUAGAUCGGUUCCUGGGGUGUUUCACGCAUAUAAUGUCGCAUCUUGGCAUAAUAGAUGGUUGUCCACAAAAGUUCUGCUCAUACAACAUAUCUAUGAUAAUUUCAAUGCUAAUGAUCCUCGUCAUUGUGUGAGCUUGCUUGUCAAUAUUGAUAUGAACUCCUCUACAUACCAGUUGUUGUCCGAAAAAUACUGAAUCACGGCAUUUAACGCUGCUGGCACCUGAAAUAUUGCAUUAGGU